CCAAUUAGUAGCCGAGCUUACCCCCUACACCUUGGAUCAGAUACACUCCCUGUUUACUGUCACAUGACGAGUCUUGGUGCGUGUAGAGACGGUGGUUAGACACUGGUAAUGAAGAUGGAUGGCUCCAAGAACACUUUCCACUAUGAUUCAGCGAUCUGGAGUAACAUGACGGAGUUGAAUACUUCUGCGGGAAUGACAGGGUUUGACGAACAAGAGUCCAAGUUGCCCACUUACUGGAGCACAAACUUCAACAAGAUCUGCCUGGGUAUGAAGAAGAACAAUGACAUCAACUUCAUUCUUAUCAAUAAGACCGCUGAAUCGCUCUUCUCAUUGAUCGCUGAUGGAGAAUAUCGUAUCACUUCACUGGGUCGCAAUACAUGGAAGUCGCUGCUCGGUUCGGAAGCCUCGUUGCAACCAUAUUGCAAUAGAGAAGGGUUUAAUGCGCACACACCAUCUUCUGAUCAUCCCAAGGUUAGAAUUGGCAUCCUUGGCAACGAACAAAAUGACUGCGACAGUUGUGAUUCCAGACUGGGUUUCGGUGGGGGAGGAAGACAUGAUGACUCCAAUACCUGUGGAAACGCAGCUGGGUGGGGAGGAGACAAUGGGGAUAAAAACAUCAAAGCCAUGGGAUACAUUUUUGUUCAGUAACAAGGAACAUGCAUGAUCUUCGCUACUAACAGGAAACUCAUUCCCUAAGACCAAUCAUUAUUUUUCACCAA